GGUGCGGCGGCGGCCGGAGGGCACCCGGGAUUGACUUGCUGCGUGUGUCGUUCCCCCUCUCCACGCUUCUUCCCUUUCCCGCUCCUACGGCUUCUGGAUCUUACACCCCUCCCUUAACUCUAUAAGCACCUCCGUCGAGGCAGCGGCAGACCAUGCCCUCUCUAUGACGGUUACUGGUUAAGCUAACUCUGCAUGCCAGAAGACUGUCCUUGGUUGACCCAAGGGCUUUCGGGGACUCCGGCCUCUCCCCAGUUUUUCUGUGUGUGUGUGUUCCUCUAGAACUUUCAAAACUGUUUCUCCAAAGGGUUUUGCAGAAACUUAGACUGUUUUCUAAAGCAGAAGCACCUCAGUCCACAGCAGUAGUGAUGGGCAGCGUGCGAACCAACCGCUACAGCAUCGUGUCUUCGGAAGAGGACGGCAUGAAGCUGUCAACCAUGGCCGUUGCCAACGGCUUUGGGAAUGGGAAGAGUAAGGUACACACCAGGCAGCAGUGCAGGAGCCGCUUUGUCAAGAAGGACGGUCACUGCAACGUGCAGUUUAUUAACGUGGGCGAGAAGGGACAGCGAUACCUGGCCGACAUCUUCACCACGUGCGUGGACAUCCGCUGGAGGUGGAUGCUAGUGAUCUUCUGCCUGACUUUCAUCCUCUCCUGGCUUUUUUUUGGCUGUGUGUUUUGGUUGAUUGCACUGUUGCACGGGGAUCUGGAGAAUCAAGAAAACAGCAAACCUUGUGUCUCUCAAGUGAGCAGCUUCACCGCAGCCUUUCUGUUCUCCAUCGAGACCCAGACCACGAUCGGCUACGGCUUCAGGUGCGUCACGGACGAGUGCCCCAUCGCGGUUUUCAUGGUGGUUUUCCAGUCUAUAGUCGGCUGCAUCAUUGAUGCCUUCAUCAUUGGUGCCGUCAUGGCGAAGAUGGCUAAGCCAAAAAAGAGAAACGAAACUCUGGUCUUCAGCCACAACGCCGUGGUGGCCAUGAGAGACGGGAAGCUGUGCCUGAUGUGGCGCGUCGGGAACCUGAGGAAAAGCCACUUGGUGGAGGCGCACGUGCGAGCGCAGCUCCUCAAAUCCAGGAUCACGUCGGAAGGGGAGUACAUCCCCUUGGAUCAAAUAGACAUCAACGUAGGGUUUGACAGCGGCAUAGACCGCAUAUUCCUGGUCUCCCCGAUCACCAUCGUACAUGAAAUAGAUGAAGACAGUCCUUUGUAUGACUUGAGCAAACAAGACAUGGACAAUGCUGACUUUGAAAUUGUGGUAAUAUUGGAGGGCAUGGUGGAAGCUACUGCCAUGACCACCCAGUGCCGCAGCUCAUAUCUGGCAAACGAAAUCCUCUGGGGCCACCGCUACGAGCCUGUACUCUUCGAAGAGAAAAACUACUACAAAGUGGACUACUCGAGGUUCCACAAAACAUACGAAGUGCCCAACACACCCAUCUGUAGUGCCAGAGACUUAGCAGAGAAGAAAUACAUUCUCUCUAACGCAAACUCCUUUUGCUACGAGAACGAAGUGGCCCUCACCAGCAAAGAGGAGGACGAGAUUGACACUGGGGUGCCUGAGAGCAUGAGCACAGACACCCACCCGGACAUGGACCACCACAACCAAGCAGGGGUGCCUCUAGAGCCACGGCCGCUCCGGCGGGAGUCGGAGAUAUGACUGACAGACUCUUCCUCUCUCUUAUGGUUGAAAGGAAAAGAAUAAACGAAAGAAGUGAAUGACAUCUAUCGGUCAAAGGCACGUUGACCCGAGAAGUUGGCCCAGAACAGUUUUCAGACAACGGUACUGUUGAAGAGUGGUGUGAAGGCAAAGCAGAGCAGAGAAACCCGGGCUGGGUUUAGGGCUGUCCUCAGAGGAGGGACGACAGAAAGCGAACUCUAAAAAACAAAGCACUAAACAUGUCUAAGUAUGAACAGAAGGCACAUAUGUUGUAGAAUAAAUUAUGUAUAUAUUUUUUUACAAAACUUGAACUUGCAGGCAAGCUUUGGUUGGGUUAUUAUUAUGUUUUUGGUUUUGUUUUUUGUUUUUCACCUUUUUCCAGAAAGCUUCUCUCUAGGGAACAAGAAUGUUUUUAAUGGCAUAACAAAGGCAAGACUCUGCCUUAUUAUUAUUAUUAUUAUAAUUAUUUUUUAAAAAGCUGCUGCUAACUACAUGAACACAAAUGGUUAUUUUUGUUGCAGUGUAGUUUUUAUUUUUCUCUUGUGUAAUUUAAAAGGAAAAAAAAAAAGGAAAAAAAAGAACAGUGUUGAACAUUUUGGUUUGAAAAGCUCGUGAUCACUUCAGAGAGGCUGAUAUUGCCAGAAAGCCUAAACUCCUUUUGAGGCCAGUAGUUUGAUAGCUAGAAUCAAUUUCUCUCUUUCCAAUUACAUAAGGGGCAUUAUGUAAUAUCAAGCCAAUCAGUAGCCUCCAGCAAAAUUAUGAUUUCUUGUUAUUUUUAGGGGGGAGAAUUUAAUUCUCUGUCUAAAGGAAAAAUGAAACUAACAAAUAUAUCUAACGUAGAAAGAGGACUAAGUUAAAACUACCUACAUGGAUACCAAAGAAAAUGCACAGUUUUGCACAGUGGAGUUUAUUUAAAAAAGAAAAAAAAGAAAAAAGGAAAAAAAAAAGGAACAGGCUGCUUAAAACAUAAAAAAUCUCAAACCUCAGAUACUUUUUUUUUUUGUUUUGAUUUUUUUUUUGUCUUUUCUUUUUAAGACCUUUAUUUUGCACCUUAUUCUAAAAGCUUAAGGCUCGGAUCUAAAGUGAGAUAGGACUCCUGUCCCUUCCCUGCUCUCCUAUGGGGAAAUAAAUCCCCUUUCUCUCUUGUAAGGAGAAAUGCAGCUGGGGGAAAGCAAACAAGCAGAUGUGUGUCCUCACCGGUGGCUGUUUGAGCCGGGCAGAAGGUCAAGUGUUAGCUCAGACCUUCCCAAAUCAGCCCUAGACCUCGGUGCUGACCCAGCCUCCUGAAAACUGAGCCACCCUCCAUGUGCUGGGGGUGUCUGACCCACAGCCCAGUGUGUUACCUGUGAAACUCUGGCAGGGAGAUGUGUUGCUGCUGAGGGAUGUGCGAGGCUGAGGCUGCUGGAGUUGGCAUUGGGGCAUGGAGGAGCCGAGCCAGAGGCAGACGCCAGUGAAGAGGUUUUUGAAGGAGAAGGGAGAGGGUAAUGGAGAGGAAAAAAAACCCCAACUUCCACACCACAGCACUUGGGUAUGGCACAGGAGUUGCAGUAUUUUGUAAACAAUGCUUCUCUUCAGCAGGGUGUCAGGAAAAGUCUUUUCCAGCUGAUUUGGAGAGGGGCUACUUGGGGAGGAUGAGGCUGCAAAGUCCUUCUCCUGCCUCCGCUCCCUGGUAAACACCGAGCGGUCAGUGGAUGAGACAUGAGCAGAUUUUGUGACCUUCAGUGCAGCUCUGGCUCCAGUGGUAUUUUGGCUCCUUCACUCAGAAGACUUUAAAUUCACUGUGCCUCUAAGAUGAAGGAGACUGUGAGCCUGUGCUUCACGCCUGCUCCUGAGGAGCAGGGCGAGAGGGGUAGAGGAGGGACAUGGUAAUCCUAGUCGACUCUUGCAGUAUUGGAUCACUGUAUGCCAUUAAAAAACAGCUUGUUCUAGGUCUAAUGUCUUCUGCAAACGGAUAUCUGUGAAGGCCUCUGGCCCCUUCCAGCCCUGCCUGAAAGAAAUGCCUGCAAUGAAAUGGUUUCUGAUGAGAUGGUGUCUACAGGGGGUGGGUUCGAAACUGUGGAGAUUUGACAUUGUAAAUGUUGAUCUGGCUACUAGAGAGGGCAGAUGAUGAAGUGCAAGUACUAAGGCUGUUACUGGGGUAGGAGGAUGUAAGAGAAAGGAAAGGUUGAACCUGUAAAGGUCAUUUGAUUGUGAUUUCUGGGCCAACAGUGGUGAAGACAACUGAGUGCUGCUAGUGCUGCUAUUGUGAUAUUCUUGUCAAAGGAAAAUAACUAAACCAAAGAGUAUUCAGUGAAACAGAGUGGAUGAAAACACAACAGGGAAGGGAUGGCAAAGGGAGGCUCGCUGGGAGGAGGAGGAGGACCUGGUCUCCCAGUCAGCAUCCCCCAGGUGCACAGCGCUCCCACUAAAUGAUACUUGAGAUAUUUGAGGGAGGGGUGAGAGACAGGGGAUGGAAAUGCAGGAUUCAGCUUGUCUCUCUAAAGCAAAAGAAAACAGAAAUCCCCUCCCCUUUAACAUUUCUGGUGCAGAGCUUUUGGGCUUUGUUUUUGGUUUCUUUUUUGUUGUUUUUCAAGUCAGUUUUUUGUUGGUUUUUUUUUUUUCAGACCUAUUUUUAAAUGCCCAUUUUAUAAAAGUCUAUCAAGUAUUUUCGUAUUUAAAGCCAAAUGUAAAUAGAAGUCUGUAAAGGAGGACAAGGAGAAGAAGAAAGAGAAAAGGCCACAAAAGGUAUCACUUGUGCUCGGCAGUCUCGGCUAGCUAGGACCUAGAUGCUACCGGUUAGCAUGACUUUAGCAACCACUUGCCAGCCUUAGAGGAUCCCUAAUGCUAUCAACUUCUCUUUAUUUAUUUUUUAAGCAUGGACUUUUUCAGUUGAAAACCCCAUUCUAGUUACUGGCAUUUCUCAAAGUCACCAGCUCUCCCAGUGCUAGUCUCCUCCUGGGUGUACAUUGAGGUAAUCCAUUUACCCUCUCUGCUGGGCUCUUUUUCUUGAGUAACCCUUUGUCUUUGCCGAUUGCAUCUCACAUUGCAGAAUUGCACUCAGCCUCUGGCUCCGGGAAGCUGCUAGAAAGAGACCUGCAAUGUACACUCCAUGGUACCCUUUCCCUCUGGCCAUCAUUUCUGUAUUUCUCAACACGCUGUGGUAAGCCUGGGAUAGGACAGACUACUGUAGCACACUUCUACAGCAGCAAAUUGGGUUAGUCCUGUGCAAAAAUGGGGUUGUUUUGAAGCAGAACACGGUGACUGACAGCGUUUCUUUGGUUCCUGAUCAUGCUGGGCCAAGCUGAUGCUUCAUCAGAAGCCCUUUAAACUGACUGAGCUCUACCUGCAGACUCCAACAGGCGUUGGGUCGGCCUCUUGGUCAAGGAUAAAGUUGGCUCAACUGGCUCGCACGGAAGGUUUAUACUGUAUUUCGCUUAGGGUCUGGGGAGGAAUAUGUUAUUUCUGCCCUUCCCUGAAAAUACUUGAAUGAGACACAUUGUCUAAACCAUAAUACUGCGUACAGUGACAAAAAGCAUUUCUGAGGCAGGUGGGGAUGGGAUCUCUUCUUUCCUCUGGCUCUUCUGUGCGAGUCGUCCUUGGUUAAGUAGCCAGGGUAGAAAUCCUUUACUUAUUAGCUGUGAUUAAUGAUACUCUCUCCCAGCAACAACCAACUCCUGUGGUGUCAGUUUAGCACUCACUCUGCUCGGAAAAGACAAAGGGUCCAGAUGUUUCAUUUGUUUUCUUCGGUCUUCUUUUUCAUAAUGGAUUACAAGGUAAAACUGAGAAGUACUGUAAUGUCUUUAAACUAUGGCUGCUCCUGACCCGUGUGAAGUAGAAGGGUGCUGCAUAGUCAUCAUCCCACAGCCAACAAGAAACUCAUUUGGUAAUGACUUUUGGCCUGCAGCUAUUGUAAGGUGAACAAUCUAGGCAUCUGACAGUUGUCCAUUACUAUUUUUUCCUGUUUGCAGCCUUUUUGUAUCAAAGUCUUCCUAAUGUA